UUUUCGGGACGACUGCUACCUUCUGUGUGGUGACAAUGAAAUCAGGAGUCUGACUGUGUUGUGUCGUUGGAUGGCAGUCUUCUGCAUGAAUGAGAGGACGGAUGUAUCCGAGCCAUUUGGUAAAAUCAGAAACCAGAAGACCAUGGAACUGUUUACGUUUUUGUUGACAUCAACUUUCAUAGCCCUCGUCAAGGGACACAGCUCCUUCUCCUGCGAGCCCAUCACGAUUCCCAAGUGUAUGAAAAUGUCCUACAAUCUGACCUUUUUCCCCAAUCUGAUGCGACAUUAUGACCAGGGGACUGCUGCUAAGGCAAUGGAGGACUUUCUCACUCUUGCAAAUGUGGAAUGCUCCCUGGACGUCGAAACUUUCCUUUGCAACGCUUUCGUCCCAAGCUGCACAGAACCGCUUCAGGUGACCCUACCUUGUCGGGAACUUUGUGAGAAAGUAUAUUCUGAUUGCAAGAAAGUGAUCGACACUUUUGGCAUCCAGUGGCCUGAGGAACUUGAGUGUAACAGACUACAGUACUGUGAUGGGAUGAGUCCUGUGACCUUUGACCUACCCAUAAAGCUUCCUGGCCCCAAAGAGAAGAAGAAUGAACAAGCCCCAAGAGACAUCGGGUUUUGGUGUCCGAGGCAUCUCAAGACUUCCGUGGGACAAGGCUACAAGUUCCUGGGGCUUGACCACUGUGCGCCCCCGUGCCCCAACAUGUAUUUCCAAAGUGCAGAGCUCGAGUUUGCAAGAAGUUUUAUUGGGACGGUUUCCAUCGUCUGCCUGUGUGCAACCCUGUUCACCUUCCUGACCUUUUUAAUCGAUGUCACAAGAUUUAGAUACCCGGAGAGGCCCAUCAUCUAUUACUCUGUGUGCUACAGCAUUGUAUCGCUUAUGUACUUCGUCGGCUUUUUGCUAGGCAACCACACAGCCUGUAACAAGGCGGACGAGAAGCUAACGCUGGGUGACACCGUUGUUCUGGGCUCUCAGAAUAAGGCUUGCAGUGUGCUGUUUAUGUUUUUGUAUUUCUUCACCAUGGCUGGCACGGUGUGGUGGGUGAUCCUCACCAUCACUUGGUUCCUGGCUGCAGGCAGGAAAUGGAGCUGCGAAGCCAUUGAACAGAAAGCAGUGUGGUUCCAUGCGGUCGCCUGGGGAAUACCGGGUUUUCUAACCGUGAUGCUGCUUGCUAUGAACAAAGUGGAAGGAGACAAUAUCAGCGGCGUUUGCUUUGUUGGCCUUUAUGACCUGGACGCCUCGCACUACUUUGUCCUCUUGCCUCUGUGCAUUUGUGUGUUCCUUGGGCUGUCUCUGCUUUUAGCCGGAAUUAUUUCUUUGAAUCAUGUCCGCCAAGUUAUACAACGGAAUGGCCGAAACCAACAGAAACUAAAGAAGUUCAUGAUUCGGAUUGGCGUCUUCAGCGGCCUGUAUCUUGUACCAUUAGUGUCACUUCUUGGAUGCUACAUCUAUGAGCAAGUGAAUAGAGCGACCUGGGAGAUCACGUGGGUCUCUGAUCACUGUCAAGAGUACCACAUCCCAUGCCCGUAUCAGGCAAAUAAGAAAAGAGAAGCUCGACCAGAUUUGGCCUUAUUUCUGAUGAAGUAUCUGAUGACGUUAAUUGUUGGCAUCUCUGCCGUCUUCUGGGUUGGAAGCAAAAAGACCUGCACGGAAUGGGCUGGGUUUUGUAAACGCAAUCGAGAGCGCAAGACAGAUUCCAUCGCUGAAAGUCGAAAAGUCCUACAGGAGUCAUGUGAGUAUUUCUUGAAGCACAAUUCUAAAGUCAAGCGCAAACGGAGGCACUGCAGGCCCGCUUCGCACAGGCUGAAAGUCAUUUCCAAGUCCAUGGGGACCAGCACGGGCGCCACGGCGAAUCACGGCACGUCGGCCAUAGCGAUCACUAGCCAGGAUUACUUAGGCCAAGAAACCAUCCGAGAAACCUCUGCGGAAUCGACGCUGAAAGGCGCAGACACAGACGGGAACAGCACUCCCAAAUUAAGCAAAGGGGACUGUGGCCAGCCUUCUUCGGCAGCAGCUCCCAGCUCCAAAGGCCCCGGGGAGCAGGCUGACCAAACGGGCCAGACAGCGAGUGUGCACGAGAAGAGCAGUCCAUCCGGAAGUGAGCAGAGCGAAAGGAGGCUCAGCCCCCAAAGUGAGCAUGCUGGAACAGGCCCAGGCCCGAGCGGCAGCUUGCAGGUGCCCGGUGCUUCCCAGCCCAGCAGUCUCCAAGGCUCCACGACGACACUCCUUGCUCACCCAGCGCCAGGAGCUGGGACCGAGCAGGGGCCGGGCAGCCCCUCCCGAGCCUGAAGCAGCACUGACCACCUUUCUAGGAAGGAGAUUCAUGCCGCGCUGCCAGUGCCCCAUGUACUGUCUUACAAGAAUCCCCGUUACAGCCUUAUUUUGCACUUACAUUCCCACUGUCACACUGGCAAAACCAAUUGAUUCCAAGGAGAAGAUGGUUCAUUUCACAAGAGGUUAAGGAGAGCAGUACAUCUGAAUCGUGGCAAUGUUACAGGUUAAUCUUUUUUUUUUCUCUGAU